AUGACGCAGCUACCGGUGGGGAAGUAUUGGUGCUUCGCAGAAAAUGCGCACCUCAUUGAAGACACGUAUAUACUGUCACCAACUGACGAUACCACUACAGAGAGACUGAGGUACACAUUUCAGUAUGGACUACUUAUACUACCUCCUGUGUCCUCUCUCCUUGCGAUCUGCAAUUCAGUUGGAAUUCUGCGUGACUGCAUUCGUCAUUACUGUUUGAAUGGACCCUACCUUAUUGCCUACUGCAUUCUCAAACUGAUUUCAGCUGCUCUUGUGUGGAUCAUGGCACUUCCGCGUUUCAUGCAGGUCUCCUUCACUCCUGAUGCUGGUCGAAGGGUGUCAGCUAAAAUACCCACUCUUAUAAUGACCCAGCAGGCAUUUCGCUUAGCUGCUACAUGGCUUUUCUUUUUUCUUCUUGUGUUUCAAGUUUUAGCCUUGGCCAGACUUACCCGAUCCAUUGCUUCAAAGUAUUCACCUACUCCACAUCUCAAUGCCAUUCACACGAAACUCAGUCUUGUGGAGUUUGUGAGUUGGCUCCCAGUGAAUGCCCAAAGUAAUCUACAUCGAUUAUCAUGGGUGCGCAGAGAUGAAAGAGGGACCAAUGUCUGGAUUUGGUGUGAAAUUAUCAUGCUGACAGGUGACGUCUUAGUUCAGAUAAUCCUAUUGGUCAAGAUUCUACUCGAAUGUGCAAGUUGCUCCCAAGAGAACAAAGUAGAUCUAACUAGCGGUCAUGGAGACACAAAUGACUUACAAAUUAGCAGACAUUACACUUCAGAAGCCACGGAGUAUGGCGUCAACGGUCUUAUUCAGCUGUACUCAUCUCAAAUAGACUCUCAAAAAUUGGCAAAUAGGAAAUCCGUGCUUCAUGUAAGAAUGUCACCGCCCCCCCUACCUUCUCCAGACUACGCUUACGGUGCUUUUAAAAUGCCGAGUCAGGAAGGCACGGAUUCACCCUCACUAAAAUUUGCCUGCUUUCAACGAGAUAACGUCAAUAACACCACCAAUACUACCGCCUCCACCACCAACUCCAUUACUAGUCCCACUGCAAAUACUGCUCUGCCGUUUUUUUACGCCUUUCCAGAUCAUGAGGACCAUCAUCAGUCCCAAUUCACCACCACAGAAGAGUACUUUGAUGCCCAUGGUGUGUUAGUAUCUCGUCUAUAA